GGCCGCCGAAGUGCCUGCGGGAGGACCGAGGCAGCUCAAGAAGGACGCCCAGCGCCUCCGCGGCUCCGCCCCGAUCGGCCACCUAGGACGCCGGAAUCGCCCGCCGACCUCGUCCUUCUCGUCAGUUUGGGCUGCGCUUCAACAUGUCUUCCAGUCCCCACGAGGGUAGCCUCGGCGGCCUCUUGCCCGCAGUCGACCUCGGGAUCGACUCCGAGGUGGUCGCCAAGCCUCGCCCUCCAGGACCCCAGUACGCCUUCCUCGAACCUUACACUCACGUCACGCGCGGUCCUUCCUCGUCCUCCCAGGCGGCCCAUUUCGACGGACCGGCUCAUGCGGACGGUUUCUUCUCCCGUCCAGAGUUCGACUCCUAUUCGAACUUCGACUCGCAUCCGGACGUCGACUCCCGUCCGAAUCUCAACUCCCAUUUGGACUUCGACUCCCGUCCGGUCGACUUCUACGCCAACGUCUUCGAUGACAGCUUCGAGGAGCACCUUGUUCCUGAUUUCCCGGACUACAAAGACCAGGGAUACAGCCUCCACUCCCCGGGGCCGAGCCACUCCCACUCCCACUCCCACUCUCCCCCUGUUAGGCCGCAUCAUUCGAAACCGCCCUGUAGAGCGAGAAACCCCCCUCCUCGUUUCCCCCGGCCUCCUGGACUCCUGCCGAUCCCAGUGCCUUCGUCCUUCCGCGGGAAUGGCCCUCGUCAGUAUCGCAAUACCGGCUGCCCUCCGUCGCGCCCCUCCCACCACCAUCACCAGCGCGAGGGGUCGUCCUUCCCCCCCACGUCGAGCCCCCACGACUUCAAUCUCGACGACCUUCCUCACAGCAUUCAGGACAUCAAGGAGAUCCUAAAAGACCCGUCCUACGAAGCGGACUACUACAGAGAAUCCUUCAGGACCAAACAGCGCCCUCUCCUGGACCUCCCUCUAGAAGACGACGCACCAGAUGACGCCGUAGGGUCUUUGUAUGGCUCAGGCGGACGAGCACCCGAUGCCUUUCUAUCAGAUUCAGGCAGCGACGUCGAGCGAUUAAGGGCAGCCAUCCUGGAGAGAGAUCAGGAGUUCGAUAAGCAAGUCAGGAGUCGGUUCGGUAACUCUCCUGACGCAGACGUUGCCAGAAGACGAAAGAGAAGAUAA